AUGGCUCUUUCGUCGCUUUCUUCGACCGCUAAGUUGAUCACGGGAUAUGAGAUCCCUGUUGUUGGUUUUGGUGUCUACCAAACCCCCCCGGAUGUCACUGAGAAGACCACCCUGAAGGCACUGGAAGUCGGAUACCGCCACGUCGACAGCGCCAAAUACUACCAAAACGAAGCCGAAUGCGCAAACGCCAUCUACAAGUCCGGCAUCGACCGUUCCAAGAUCUUCUACACCAGCAAGAUCCCCGUCCCCGCCCUUGGCACCUACGAAUCCGCCAAGAAGGCCCUCGAAGAGAGUCUCGCGGCCGCCUCCAACCUGGGCUACAUCGAUCUAAUGCUCAUCCACGCCCCUUACGGUGGCAAGGAAGGUCGCCUGGGCGCCUGGAAAGCCCUCGUCGAAGCCCAAAACGCCGGCAAAGUGCGCUCCAUCGGUGUCUCGAACUACGGCAUCCGCCACCUCGAAGAACUCGAAAACUACAUUAAGAACGGCGGCGGUGGCCAGAUUGCCGUUGGGCAGUAUGAGUUGCACCCGUGGUGCGGACGGAUUGAUGUUACUGAGUGGUUGAAGAGGCGUGGGGCUGUUGUGCAGGCGUACUCGCCUUUGGUGCAAGCUACGCGCAUGAGUGAUCCCACUUUGCUGGGGUUGGCGAAGAAGUAUAAUAAGACUGCUGCACAGGUUUUGUUGCGGUGGAGCUUGCAGAAAGGCUUUGUGCCACUGCCUAAGUCGGUCACUGAGUCCCGGAUUGUUGAAAACGGGCAGGUGUUUGACUUUGAGCUGUCGAAGGAGGAUGUAGACAGCUUGACGACGGAUAUUCAUGCGCCUGUUUGCUGGGAUCCCGCUAACAACUCUAAGCUUUAA